GGGCGCUGGAACCGGGGGCGGCCACCGCGGGCGUGACGCUCGGCCACCCCCACUGAGAAGGACGGAGCGCGCUCGUAACCUUCCGGGAACCAUGCGCGGACGCCGGCGGGGCGCAGCUCAACGAGCAGGUCUCAUUUUAAACUCAGAUAUUUGGAAGGAACCCAAACUGGAGCCAUUCCUGGACUUUGUUCCUUGAUUUAUGGAAGAUAUGUUCUGAAUUGCCCACCCACACCCCAUCCCCGUGCCCAGAUCAAGGGGCCCCAGCAUUGUAACAGGAUGGCCCACUCCAGGUCGAAUGGAUCUCACUAUGCUUUGACAGCAAUAGGGUUGGGGAUGCUUGUUCUUGGGAUCAUUAUGGCCGUCUGGAACAUGGUCCCGGGAUUUGGCCCAAGUGGGAAGCCACACUCAGUUGGAAACAGCAGCAAGCCAGACGGUGGUCGAGGAAAUACGUAUAAAAGCAAUACAUUUUCGGUGGCUUACGUCCUGGCUGGUGCUGGGGUCUUGCUCUUGCUUUUCUCCAUUUGUUUGGGUGUCCGUGACCGAAUGAGGCAAAGGGAAAGUGACAGCAUCUCUAGGAUACGACAGCAAGUCUCGGUUGAGCAUCAGCCACAGGAAGAUAGUCAAGAAGAGGACGACGAGACACCCUCUCGCUACUCUGUGCCCAGUUACGAAGAGGUCAUGAACACAGGGCACCCUGAGCUGAGUGACAUAGACAGAAGUGCAAGGAUCAGUAUGUCUCUGCCCUCCUACGAAUCUCUCACCGGGAUUGAUGAAACCACACCAACCAGGCCCAUUGCUGCCGCCGAAGAAAGGCCCAACAUUGAACGUCAGCCCAGCAGACACAGUUCCCGCCUGAGCAAAAGACUCAAACCCUUGAAAGUCCGGAGGAUCAUGUCCGAAAAGCUACACUUAAAAAACCUCAACUUAGACCUCCCUGCUGGAAAUAACACGGGGCGGAUAACAAUAGAGCCUCUGACCCCUCCGCCCCAGUACGAUGAGGUUCCCAAUAAGCACACAGAGAACCGGGAAGAGACUUGAGGCAACUGUGUGGACUGCUGACUAAAAACAAUUAAUAACUUGAUUUCUGCGGCAAUGUCAAGUUUGUGGCUUUAUAAAAAGCCAGGGCGAACCACACACCUAUUUUGGUGACUCUUUGAAUGAGGUGGAUCAGUCUGGGACACAACAAGCUAGAUCCUGGGUCUUGUGUCAAAUGUUUCCCCAUUUUAAAAAAUAAUUUCCUUGUGCAUAUAAUACUAGUCUGCCAGAGAGAGGAUUCUUGCCUAAGCUUCUUUUUGACAUGCUAGAGGUUUUUUAUAUGUAGGAUUUUAUUUUAUUUUCUCUUGGCAUGAGAGCCUUGUCCUGAAGUGAAGCCAGGCGACAGGUCUGCUGCCUUGGUGAGAACAAAGCACAAAUGAAUCCUCUUAUGUCUAAUGUAAUGAAAUUCAGAUCUGGUCAGUGGGCUGGAUCCUUUUCAGCCCCACUGCCUGUGGAGGAAAUUGUGACAGGAGGGAGAGGCUGCCCACUUGUCAAUCACGUGACAUCACAAAAUAUGCCUAGUGAGGACAGGUGGGUAUGGCUUGACUUUAACUGCCCCACGGGCCAAAUGAGGAGGUCUCAUGUGACUACCUUAGUCUGGGCUGGGGGUUUCCCAGCCCUGCACCAAGAUGCACCUGAAUUUUAGCAAUAGGGAGCUUAUAUGUAUAUAUAUAAAUUAUGACACAUUUUUGUAUGCCUCUUUUGGCAGUCAUUUUUAAUGAUUUCUCCAGAUGCUUGACAUGGUUACAUCUUUACUUUGGCAGUUUCUGUUCACUGAGAUAUCAAAGGCUCUCUUUUCACCAGAUUUUAGAUUAUGUGCAGUAUGCACAGGUGCCAUAUAUAUCUAUACAUCACAGAGAAAUAAAAUGUUACGGAGACAGAGGGAAGUUUACUGCUGCUAAAGGAGUAAUCUUUAGUGCCCCCCCCCCAAAGCAACCAAAGAAAAUUCAGGUUCCCACAGGAAGAUGACAGUCUGAUUUUCUAACACACAGCCUUUUUGAAUUUUUUAGCUACUGUAUUGUAAAUAA